CCCAAUCGAAAAGUUGCGUUCGACCGACGUACGGAUAGAAAAUUAGAAUCGAAAAAAUUUUCCAACGGCACAAAUACAUAAAUAACUUAAUCAUAUGUAUACUAUAUAAUUACUUUGGUUACUUUCCGUUGUUUCCGAAGUUUGUUUUUUAAGUGAAGUAUUUGUAACCAAUAACGAGACAUAAUUUUCUCGAACAUCCUUGGUUGAAAAGUGAAAGUCAAUAUAUAAUUGCGAAAUCGGAAAACUCGUGUGUGAUAGUCAGACGCAGAUAUAUUCACAUCGACUUUUGUUGGUAUUUUCCCGGCCCCUGUAUUGGUGUUCAUAUCAAUUGGAAGCGAUCUGUAGAUCGGUGGAUCGUUGGGCUUUCUUUGUGCCGACGAAGAGAAGAAAAGUCGCAUUAAAGCGGAUCGUAAAUUUAACGCUUGCCAGGCGAAGACCAUCCACACCGUCAUCUGUAUCUGCAUCGGGUAAACAGAUCAUCACAACCGCAUACCACAGCUCGAUCUCCUUUGUUCUCUUGGUAAAAUGGGAAAUGCUGAGUCCACACAGUCUUCAGAUGAUACGCAGAUGCAGGUGCAGCAGGCAACUGCUGACGAGCCCUGGUGGAACGACAUCGAGCAUGAGAAUCUCAUUCUGGAACAGGCCCCUCAAGAAAUAGCGAGAAAAACAGAGGUAGAGCCAAAGUUAGCAGUGGAUAAUCGGGAAACUCCCGUUCCUGUUAAAAUGGAGGAUAAACCAGAAGGCUCUCGUCAAAAAGAACAAUCCCUAGAAGAGUUCAGGGAAGAACUACGUCAAAAAAGAGAAGUUCGCCAGAACGCUGUGCAGGACCUAAGAGAUGAAAUUGUUAGUCUCAAAAAACAAUUGGCUAUGGAAAAAUCUAAAAACCGAAGCAAAGAUGAAGGUGCUGAGAAUGGAGUUCAGGUGCAGAGUGAAAAUACGGCUAUUUCUGGAAGCCAAGACUCCGAUCCAGAUGAUGAGAAUCCCAGUUCCAGAAGUCGCCAUGCCAAUAUUGAAUUGGCCAGUGCCCAAUUGGCCUUGCAGCAAGCCCAGUCCGAAAAUUUCUCGCUGCGAGGCGAGGUGCAAGUGAUUCAACGCCAGGUGGGAACCCUCAAGGAAGUCAUCUCCUGCUGCAAGCAAAUGCUGAGUGUCAAGGAAGAACAGUGUGCUCAGCUCAAGAUGAAACUGACCCAAAUAGAGAACUCCUUCAGCGAGCGUGAAAUGAAGAUUAUGUCAAAUAACCUCCGCCAGGAGUACGAACGUCAGUUGGUGAAUAUCCGACAGCUGAGGCAACUUUAUGAGGAACGACAGAGAGUAGCUGCUGCCGAGUAUGAGAAUCUACAGCGUUUAAUAACGAUCAAGAGGGAUGAGCUCACGGCCGAGCAGGAGAAGACCAAAAACUUAGAGGAGCGCAAUCAGAGCCUUUUGAAAGAGGUGGAGACGGGGAAUGCGGAACUGGCAAGACUAAGGGAAGAGUGCAGCGAGCAUAAGUUCGAGAAGCGUCUGCUAAGCGAGCAAGUGGGAGCAGUCAACUUGCUCUUCAGCCAGUUGAUCAUCGGUUUUAAUGACAAGAGCAAUAUGGACAUCGACCGUCUAAAUCGAAUGUUGGAGGAGAAUCGUCAACUCCUCAAUCAAAUGACCCAAGCCGAGGGCAGCUGCAGUGAUGGCGCCACUCUGCCCAAGUUGCUCUUUGAACUCGUGGAGCAGGCCACUGGUCAUGGGGAUUCCGCCGAGGAAUCUGACAAAAGUCGCAGCGCCACGCCCACGCCCUCAAACGAGGACACCGUGGACAAUUGUCAACCAGUAGGAGAAGUCAUAAAAAAACACAGAAAGAAGAGUUCGGCAGCCGGUGCAACUGCGGCUUCGUCAAAGAGCCAUGAGCCCGAAAUUAUGGGAAAAGUUGCCUCGGCCCAAGAAAUCAUUGGCAACUUACCAAAAGUUUGGAAAGUGUUGAUGGAGCUCUUGAGCCACCACAAAAUCGAGCGCGUGCAGUUCGAGGAGCUGCCAUCCUGCGGUGGAAGUGCGUCCUCGACGGCGGCUCCCGAAGCCUCCUCCUCUUCAGCUCCUGAAAAGGAAGGAGUAGAGUCCCACCGCAAGCCACCGGAGCUUAGCGUCAGUAAGACCUACAUCAAACUGAAGGACCUCAUCAUGGAGAAGAAGUCGCUGGUGAAGGAGACAAACCGCCUGAAAACGCUUAACAGCCACCUGGAUUACCGCCUCAACCAGCAGGAAAAGCGUUUGAGUGGGGUGAGCUUGGAACUAACCAAAACCUGGCACCUAGUGGGCAAGAUGCAGCGUCAACAUCGCCAGCUUCACACGCAGGAGCAGAUUCUGCGCUACCAACUGCAGCAAAAGAGACGUCUCUUGAGCGAACUUAAGGAUGAGCUGGAGUACUGCCGAAUAAAGUGGGCUUUGGCCAGAGCGAAAAACGAUGAGAGCCAGGAGCAGUGUGACGAGUGGCGGAAGGAGUUUGCUAGGAGAAAGUUGGAGGAUGCUAAUCACUCAGCGGAGAGUGGCUACAGCGAUUCUGGACCUCAAUCAGAUGAGGAGCGUGAGGGCAUUAGUGCCGAUUUAGGAGCUGUAGACCCUGUGGAGGCGCCCACCCUAUCGGCUGUCUGUCGUAGGAAGCUUCUUAGGGAUCAAUUCGAACACACGCGCAAGAUUAAGCGGAUGCAAAGCACUUCACCCGGUCGCCAGGCAUUCGCAGGCGAAGAAGAUGAGACCGAGGAUAUUGUUCUUCGCUGGAACAGUGCUCCACCGACUUGUGGUUGGAGAGAGGAAGCGGCGGAUCCUGCUGAAGAAGAAGGCGAAGAAUAUGAGGAGCAAGACGAAAAUGGAGCGCACGGUGGUUUCCCAAAGACCCAACACAGUUCCAGAAGCAGACAGAGAAGCCAGGGAGAUUCACCUGGAAAUCCAGGUACAGCUAGUCGCAUUCAGAAGCUGGAGGAGCAAUGCAAAAACCUCAUCCAGCAGGUUUUGGAGACCUCUGGCAAUCGCGAACGCCUCGAGAUUCAGUUGUGCCAGUUCCAAGAUAACAUUUCACCUGUGCAGCAUGCUGUGCCUCUGGAGGAAUUUAUUAAUAGGAAGCGUAUAGAGCGAAUGACCAGGGCCAGUUCAGCACCAGCCACAGGCAGCCUUACUCCACGGGAGGAAGAGUAUACCAGGAAAAGAUCGGAGCGCUUGGGACGCCUGGAGGAGGAGUCCCGCCAGCUCAUGUCAAGGAUUAAGCGCACUGCAGACAGAGGGCACUAUCUUAAAAAAUCCCUAGACAGGAUUAGAAGAGCACCAAGUCGGGAGGCGAGCUUUGAAAGUAAUACUGAGGAGGAAGCUGUUCUCCCGGCAGCCAAAAAUGAAUCCUCUUCAACUCUAUCUCCACUAACGGCUCAAGAAGAGGAAUACACAUCCAGAAGAACAGCGAAAAUUCAACGUUUGGAGGAAGAGAGUCGGCAGUUGACAUCGCAGCUCUCAAAAAACGCCGAACGCGGCGUUAGCUUGGCCACCAAGCUGGAUACUUUGCACGAACAGCAUGGUCCUAAUCCUCAGCAGGAGCAGCCUCAAACCUCUGCUAGUAUCUCGCAAACAGUCGAGCAACGAUUAGAGGACAUUGAGAGGGUUUCGGCUAAUAGAGCCGAACGUCUACGUUUGCUGGAGGCGCAGGGUAAUGAACUGAUUGCCAGGUUGAGCUCCACAUCCGAAAGGGGAACCGCCAUGAUCAACAGAAUUGCGGAAAGGGAAGCCAUUCGGCGGCAAGAGGCGGAACUUAUAGAGCAAACGGUGCCGACCGAAGAGGCCACCAGUUCUGUCAACUCCAUAGCCAGCACUAGGAUUGUGGGUGAGCCGGAGGAGGAAGUCGAGGGAGCGGCUUGUUGCGUAACAGUGACUACCACCCCCAGUCAGUUGGCAUUGAAACUACAAUCCACGGGAGCUAUCCCCAAACACACGACAAUGAAGAGCUGGUCGCAAACUCAGUUAUGUGCUGCCACCCGAAAGGAUGAUGCGGCCAAGAAGCGAUCUUUUGAAAAGGAAGCUGCCAAAGAGGAGGCACCCGAAACACUCGAAGAUAUGGUGCAGCGACUACGAGCAUUGCCUUUUCCAGAGCAAUCUCAAGAAAAUAGGGAUCCAGAAAGAGAACAGAUCUUAACGGAAUCCCACAAUCAGGGAACUAAUAAGUUACAACACCAGGAUAAACGGGAAUCUGAAGGAAACCAUUUAGGGAAAAGCGAAAGGGACCAAGAGAGUUCCAUCGUAAACGAAAAAAAAUUUCAGGAAAAAGAAAUUAAAGACCAGAAAACCGAAGAAUCGUUACCGGAACAACUGGAACACCAGGAGCACAUGAACGACGAACACUAAAAGAUGUUCACUAGAAUUAACUACGACUACCAAUACACGCUGAUACAUGUGACUAAAACACACGCAACUAUUGUGAAUUAUUUAAAUUACGAAUAAAAAUUGUAUGUUUUGAUGUAUG